GAUGGUCACGAUCCAACGUAAGAACCUCUUCGCGAGCUGCUUGUUUCUUUUGGUACAGUCCUUCAUCCUAGCUGUCUCUGGAUCGUACGAUUACUCCGUGUCCGGGUUGUUCGCGAACGAACUCGAGUCAGAAAAACGCGACACCGAAUGGUUAGCGAAUCACCAAGCAGAAUUACUGAAAGAGAAUUAUGUUUCAAGGAGAAGAAAGUCAAGGUCGACGUUGGAAGAAAAUUCAGAAGGAGAGGAGACAGAGGAGACAAAUCCAAAGAUACGAAGAAAAUGGAAGCCGCGAAGAAAAAGAAAAUUCAAGAGAUCCCUUUUUGGAGCCAUCAAGGGUGCGACUAGUAGUUUCAUCAAUACUACCAAGGACAUCUCCAAUAUGGUAGUUAAUGAGUCUGCGAAAGAAGCCAACAUGAUAUUGGAGAGUUUAAAAGAGGAGAGCCCGAUAAAAAAGGAAGAGAACAAUGUUUCGAUAAAUGCAACAGAUCUUGAACAAGAAAAUGUGACACCAAAAAAUGUGAUAGAACAAAAUGUGACACAAGAAAAUGAGAAAAUGAAGUUGGAAAAAGCUGAUGAAAAGAAGGAGAAAACUUUGGAACUUAGUACACCACACGUUCCUACAGACAUAAGUGUUACAACAGAAACUCCGAAAAAUAAUAUCGGAUCGGAUUUUGUAACGUUGAUAAAGAAAUUUUUCAAGGAAAUCAUGGAUCGAAUUGAUAAUCAGCUUCAAUAUCAGAGAAAACAAAUGGGGAACGAACAGAAAGAAACAGUUCCUCAGGAAGAAAAGGAGCAGUCUAAGAAAGAGGAGGAUGUUAAGAAUGUGAGAAAGCAAGAACGCAAGAAGGGUGAAGAAAAUGAGGAGAAUGAGGAGAAAGAGAAGGAUAAGAAAAAGGAGGUGAAGGAUACGAAGAAGAAGAAAAAGAAGGAGGAUGAUACGGAGGAAAAUGAGGAGGAGGAGGAAGAGGAGGAGGAGGAGGAGAAGGAUGAGGGAGAGGAGGGGGAGGAGAAGAAGGAGAAAAAGGAGAUGAAGGAUACGAAGAAGAAGAAGAAGAAGGAGGAGGGUACGGAGAAAAAUGAAGAGAAUGAGGAGGACGAGGAGGAGGAAGAGAAGGGAGAAAAGGGGGAGGAGAAAAAGGAGGUGAAGAAUACGAAGAAGAAGAAAAAGAAGGAGGAGGAGGAUACGAAAGAAAAUGAGGAAGAAGAGGAGGAGGAAGAGAAGGGAGAAAAGGGGGAGGAGAAAAAGGAGCUGAAGAAUACAAAGAAGAAAAAGAAGGAGGAAGAUACGAAGGGAAAUGAGAGGGAGAAGGAAAAUGAGAAGGAGGAUGAAGAGAAGGAUGAAAAAAAGAAUGACAAAAAAAAUAAAAGGAAAAAGAAAAAGAAGGAGGAGGUGGAUGAGGAUGAGGAAGAAGAGGAAAAAGAGGAGGAUAAGAAAAAGAAGGAGAAAGGUAAGAAAAGGGAGAAGAAUGAAAAGAAAAGGAAAGGAAAGGAAGAGAAUCAGGAUAAUGAAGAUGAUUUAAAAAAAUCUAAAAAUGAUGGAUCCGUGCUAUCUUCUUCGGACAUAAAAUGGUUUAAAAUUAUUCCUGACGUACCUUCACCGAUAGAGAUAAAGAACAUCGUUGAUGAUAAAAUCUUUCCGUGGAAAACGCUGACAACGAAACAAUAUAUUAAAGAAGUCUUGAAUCAGGAUGGAUCAAAUAAUAAACAUACCACGAAGGAGAAAUUCAAACUGAAUUUCUUUUAUAUGAAGAAUCCUAGCAAGCAACAAACAGACGACAAGGAAAAGUUACAAAAUUCUUGGAACUUGUAUGGUUUGAAGAAAAAAUUGGAAAAUCACGAGGAAGAUAAUGAAAGUAAACUUUGCGAACUGAUCAAACAAGAUAUUGAUGAAUUCCAAAAGAAUGACAUCAAUGAAAAUGCUAUCGUUGACUACGUGAUUACUCUUAACUAAGAUUUUAAAUCCUUGGAUUUACCUUCGGUUUAAAAUCGAUCCGAUAUUUUCGACAACUUUAAUAUUUUCUCUUAAUAUCUCUCUGUUCUUUAAUAUUUCUUAUUAAAUAUAAUGUCCUCAAUAAAUUCUUAAAUAUAAACAAAAUAAUACCCUCUUCUUUUUCUAUUAUCUCUUCCAUCUUCCAAUAAAUAAAAAGAAAUUAUUAUAGUAAUCGCCGAUCACGGACAGUCGUAUCUGGGAACGUUUAAUUUUCCA